GUUUUUCAUCAACAUACUUCCAACCUGAGCCAAACGCGCCUUGCCACAAACCACCAUCUUUACAAGAGACGUCUACGUGUUUCCUUUAGACCGCCAAAUUAGAGAUGGAUCCCCGGCGUGCUCGCGAUCCACGUUUAGCUCGUGCUGACCCACGCUUCCAAAGACCUACUCCAACACCUACACCCCCGUACCCCAACUAUGAGAAUGGCCACGCUUCACAGUCAUAUCAGCAACCGCCUCCCGUGGCCGUAAAUCCUGUUCCUGUCCUUCCGGUGCCUACCUACAAACAACGACCACUAUUCUGUGUCGUUUGCGCCAGUAAUCAAAAUCGGUCGAUGGAGGGUCACUUGGUGCUGUCCAAAGCAGGUUUUCGAGUCGUCUCGUCGGGCACUGGUUCUGCCGUACGGCUUCCGGGCACAGCAAUCGACAAACCCAACAUCUACAGCUUUGGCACGCCAUACAAUACCAUGUAUGAGGAACUCAGUGCCCAGGACGCCAGGCUGUAUACUGCAAAUGGUGUGCUACAGAUGAUCGACCGAAAUCGUCACCUCAAGCUGGCCCCCGAGAAGUGGCAUGAGAUGCGGGCGGUAGCUGACAUAGUCAUUACGUGCGAGGAGCGAUGUUUUGACGCUGUGUGUGACGAUCUUAUGGCCCGUGGUGGUGAACUCAACCGUCCUGUCCACGUCAUCAAUGUAGAGAUCAAGGAUAACCACGAAGAGGCUUCCAUUGGUGGACAAGCCAUCCUCGCGCUCGCAACUGCAAUCGAGCAGGCUCAAGACAUUGACCAGGAGAUGGAUACCAUCUUGGAAAAACACCAAGAGACACAUCCCCACAAUAUCUUACAUGUCGUUGCAUAUUACUAGUCUUCUUUGUAUGUAUUGUAUUACCACCGUGUAUUCCUUGUGUAGCUCUUUUAUCUGAUCUCAUGUUGGAGAAUUAACAAACGCGACAGACUGAUUGCGCUGUCACAUUGAUACUUCCACGUGACGCUUACGCGGUCCGACGCGUCUUCCUCAUAUUCACAUACCAUGGCCAGUGCCGACGGAGGUGCAUACAGCUAUUCUCUCACAGUCUUCUCCCCGAGCGGCAAGCUCGUGCAGAUCGAGCAUGCGCUCGCAGCAGUUUCUGCGGGAACAACCAGUCUUGGGAUCAAGGCGUCGAACGGCAUCGUGAUCGCCACGGAGAAAAAGUCCUCCUCAAUCCUCAUUGACGACUCGAUGAUCGACAAAGUCGCAGUGAUCUGCCCCAACAUCGGCAUCGUCUACUCGGGAAUGGGCCCUGAUUUCCGUGUUCUCAUCGCAAAGGCGCGCAAGAGCGCUCAGGCGUACUGGAAGAUGUACGGCGAAUAUCCGCCAACACGAGUGUUGACGCAGGAGAUUGCGACUGUCAUGCAACAGGCCACACAGUCCGGGUCUUGGUGUGCGGCCGUAUGGUGUCUCGCUGCUCGUUGCUGGCUGGGAUUCGACUCGGGGACCAACGUUAUACCAGGUCGACCCUCGGGGUCUUUCUGGGCGUGGAAAGCCAGUGCGAUUGGGAAGAACAUGGUGAACGCGAAGACUUUCUUGGAGAAACGGUAUAACGAGGAUAUCAGUUUGGAGGACGCGAUCCACACCGCUCUAUUGACACUGAAGGAAGGGUUUGAGGGGCAGAUGACGGAGAAGACGAUAGAGAUUGGCGUUGUUACCGUCCCUACGUUGGCUGAGCAGGAAGCCUCGCAGGUUGGGAUCGAGACGGGGCGACCAAAGCCUACGUUCCGUAAAUUGACGGAAGAGGAAGUACGGGACUAUUUGGCAUUGUAGAUGACGCAAUUUCCUGUUUGCUAUCUGUACGCUCAGGCUGUGCUCGACAGUCCGAUGUUCUUAUCUCUCUU